GUCGUCGGAGGCAAAAUAAACUUUCUCCGAUUCGAACUCCACCGGAACUUCCUCUUUCUUUGCCGGAAUCAUCACCCCAAGUCGAAGAUCCACCAUCGGAAACCUCUACUCCUCCAGCCAAAGUCGAAGUAAUUUCUCUAAUUUUCCCUUGUGCAACAUCAAAAUUGAUUUCUAAGGUUAGGUUUAGCGAUUGAUUGAUUUUGAUAUGAACCCAUUUUGCAGUGCUAAGAGGUCAAGAAAGUUUCAGCCUGAAGACAGAUUCUUCUCAUUGUCCUCAGUUACAUCACCAACUGCAUCAAGAGCGAGACUGUUUAAAGAAUACAAAGAGGUUCAGCGAGAGAAAGUAGCUGAUCCAGAUAUUCAAUUGGUGUGUGACGAUACCAACAUAUUCAAAUGGACCGCUCUUAUCAAGGGACCGUCGGAGACUCCUUAUGAAGGCGGUGUUUUUCAGCUUGCUUUUGCUGUUCCUGAACCAUAUCCUUUGCAACCUCCUCAAGUGCGAUUCUUAACCAAAAUAUUUCAUCCAAAUGUGCAUUUCAAGACAGGAGAAAUUUGCCUCGACAUAUUGAAGAAUGCGUGGAGUCCCGCUUGGACGCUUCAGUCCGUGUGUAGAGCUAUCAUAGCGUUGAUGGCUCAUCCUGAGCCGGACAGUCCGCUUAACUGCGACUCAGGGAAUCUUCUAAGAUCUGGGGAUGUGAGAGGGUUCAAUUCAAUGGCACGCAUGUACACACGCCUCGCCGCAAUGCCAAAGAAAGGAUGAUGAUCCUCUUGCUUUUUUCUUUGAAUUUGUAAUGUUAAUGAUUUGCGAGAGUGAAUACAUUAUUAAGUUUCAG